UGACAUGCUCUGGCAUUUACACAGCAUGGGCUUGUAUCGCAGCCUCAGAAUGUCUCAACCGCUCUCACCUAACUUUGACGACGGAAAUGGAUGCGCGUUUAGCAUGUUUGAUGCGUUAAAACCAAGAGUUUCCAGGAUUCUCAUGCGGAUUAAAUCUUUGUUUUGAACAGGAUACGUUUGGAGAUCUAAAGUGGACACGGAGUCGAUGCGGAGAUGCACUGUAAAUUAACUCUUAUUGCAUAACUCAGCCACUGAGGAACCAUUACCAUGCAGGGAUACACAUGGAGUUCAAAUCAGCAUCCUUCAACAAGGUACCAAGAUCAGCCUCCACCUCAAUACCAAGAACGACUUCCUCCUCCGUACCAAGAAUGGCCUCCACCUCAGUACCAAGAACAAUUCACACCUAAGUACCUUGCUGUCAGGAAUGAUCAACCCAAUGCGUUCCAGGUACAGCUCAUCCCCCAACUUCAAACCACAUUACAGACAAGAUAUUCCAAUGGACAACAAGAGGCUGCAAAUCAGUGGAGCACUUGCUCAGGCAGUGCGGACUCUUCUGCUUUUCAACCAAAUUCAGAUGGAUAUAAUUGGUUGAAACGGACAAACCAGAUCAAUCCCCAAUACCCAUUUGCAGCCUCCAACACACAGCAGCACUACCCAUCUGACAACUCCAACGCAUAUAGGUAUCAUGCCCAGUUCAUGCAAUGGCAUGAUUCCUCCCCACAGAACUACAGAAACACAGGCUGUAGUCAAGCUCAAAUGUACCAUGGCAGCUCUGUGGGUAACAGCAGGGGUUGGAGUUCCCACAUUUCCAACAAUGGCAGCUCUUGUUCCAUGAACAAUCAGCAACAACUUCAGCCUCCUAGAAUGGCUCCUCUUCAUCAUCACCAACAACAACAAGAGUUCUCUAGACGAUAUACAGGCAAAAAACGAAGACGCCACACACAAUACUCUUCUCGGGCCCAUAACAGUGGAGUCUCCCAAAAAAAUCCUAACAAUCAAGUUCAGAGCAGAACUGAGGCCAAUCAUACCUCAUGCAACUCUACGACACCACCUCAGAGCAAUGUUUCAUUACCUUCCAAUAACGUGAACCAAAGUCCUGUUAACCAGAAACAGUCAGAACUGGGUUCAAAUGCAGGUCCAAAUGUAUCUGCGACCCAGUCUCAGAAUAAUCAAAAUGCUGCACAUCAGUCUCAGGGCACAAGCAGUGAGACAUAUAACACUAAUCAGACUUCUCAAAUGACAAAGACCAGUGAAGCCCAGCUUCAGCCCAAAUCUAGAACUGAUUUUAACUUGUCAGCUUAUGCUGACUCAAUAAUAUAUAGAUUACUGUGUUCAAAUGACAAUGAACAAGCAAAUAAGCAGCAAUCAGAUGAAAGAAUUACUCAUCAGAACACUCGUCCAGAACAGUCGGAGGUUUGUGCAACCAAAAGGACUGAAAAUCACUCAAAGGAACCUUUUUCUGAACCAAGAGAACAGUGUACAGUUGAACCACACAGUAAAAGAAUGAAGUAUGUUGUGUUUCAGAGAGACUGUCGGAACAAAGAAACAAUAGUGUCCAAAGACAUAAGUAAUUUUGGGGUGCUAUCUGCCCAACCUGGUACCCAUCAGACAAGUAGCAAUGAGAACAGACUUAAAGGAAUGAGCCAACACAACAUACAGUACAGUACGGACGCAGCAGACUGUCUUGAAGUGGUCUUUGCACUACAGAAAGCUGCUCAGCAAACUCACAAGGCCAUUGCCAUCGUUCCACCUAUUUACCAGCAGAUCUCAAACGCUGCACCAAUGGCUGAUACCAGCCCCCAAAAAGCUGACAGUCCACUGUUAAAGAUUGAUUCUGUUUGGUCACUUGUUGAAGAAUCUAACGAACAAAAAACUGUAAAUGACAAGCUGUCUGAAUCCUCCUCACAAAUGGCUCAACAGGACAACAAAAGCCUUGAAAAUGCAACUGCAAGCAACAUGGCAGACCCCGAUACAUGCUCUGCUAGCCCAGUUGAAUGUCAAAAUUAUGUGCAGCAAAGUGACAGUGAUUCAGAUGGUCCUUCAUUUGACUUGUCCAGUGUGCCAGUGAUUGAGUACACACUGGAGAAACUGAUGGAGUUAGUGAAGUCUAUAGAGAUGAAAGAGUUAUCGGCCGGAUAUCCUGAGAAAUCUCAGAGUAUUUUAGAAAGGAUCUUAAAACUCUACUGGAAUGGGAAAGCUUCCAAUAUGUUGGAGCCUUUGAAAUCAUUUAGAGAGGCACUGCAAUUAUCCAUAGAAUAUGCAAAGGAUUAUGGUUCUGUGGUAUUUAAAAGCAUCGAAACUGAAAACUUGAAGAAGCUAGCUCAUUGCGACAUUCUCAAACAUGAGACGUAUUCAUGGUCAGAGGAGUUCAGAUCUUCUUGGUUAAAUGUUGAUGGACAGCCAGCUGAUAUUGAAAAGGUGCUUUCAGAAGCACUGUUGGAUGACUUAACUGUGUUCAAGGCAACAUCACAGUCCUUUUCAGAUAACACUGUUGUCACUUCAGCCAGUUUAGGUGUGAAUUCCCUCACAGACAUGCCUGAGGUUUCACCCAAGGAGAAAAGUGUAAAUCCAGACACGUGCAGUCCAACAGAUCUUUUCAUGCAAAUGGCAGGAAAUGACAGGGGGGAAGUGGCUGCGGAAAACAAUGGGCAUUCAUAUGUUGUGCUCAGAAAAGAAAGUGAGAAGGAGACAUUCAAGAAGCAAGAGGACAUCAAUCAAAACCAAAUUUUUAACAUAGAACCUUCAGACAUCACACCUUUAGCUGAAAGGUCUACAGAGAGACUUACAGAGCUCAGCAAUGCAAAAGAAGUAUUCAGACAAGAUCACGAGCAAACAUGUGAUAAUGUAUCAGAUUCACUUUCUCUGAGUCCUGGAGACAGUGUUUCAGAUGGUGUAAAAAACUCUCUUGUGUCUUUCUCUACUGAGACUCAUUGUAGCUCCAUGGAUACAUGGCAGGUAGAAGAUAUUUCUGAUGAUGAAAAUACAGGCAGUAAAGAGGCUCUGAAUAACUCCUCAGACACCUGGCUGCUAGAAGAUAUUUCUGAUGAUGAAAAUACAGGCAGUAAAGAGGCUCUGAAUAACUCCUCAGACACCUGGCUGCUAGAAGAUAUUUCUGAUGAUGAAAAUACAGGCAGUAAAGAGGCUCUGAAUAACUCCUCAGACACCUGGCUUGUAGAAGAUAUUUCUGAUGAUGAAAAUACAGGCAAUAUAGAGGCUCUGAAUAACUCCUCAGACACCUGGCUUGUAGAGGAUAUUUCUGAUGAUGAAAAUUCUGGAAAUAAGGAUGUUCUUCUUAAUUCCUCAAACACCUGGCAAGUGGAAAACAUCUCUGAUAAUGAGAAUCCAGGCAAUAUGGACAUUCCUAGUAACUCCGCAGACAUAUGUGCGGUGGAAAAUGAAUCUACUGAUGAAAAUUCAAGCGAUGAUUCCUUGUUUAUGGGAAUCACGGUGCUAUCAUCUGAAGAUGCUAAAACAUUUUUCCAACAUAUUGAAAAGGAUCCUGAAUGUACCAUCAAAACCAAAUCCCAAUCCAAAUUGGAGAGCCCAGAUCUUGUAGCAUGCUUUGAUGCACCCAGUCAACUUAACCAGGAGUACAACAAAGCACAUACUUGCUCUCGCUGUGGUACCCAAAUUGUGAAAUCCAAUUCCACUAAUGUGACAAAGAUGGACAGUGAUGCUGAUCUUUUCUGCCUCCAGUGUUGGGAACAGGCACCAUUGUUUGAGCUAGAAGAGGAGCCAUGCUCUCCAAUGACAGAUGAGGUCAAUCUUCUGGGCUAUGCUGCUAAAUCAAAUGAACUGGGUCAAAAUGAUCGUCUGCCAUGUCUUAAGUUGGAAGUCAAUGAGCCAAAUGUGGCUUCAACAAAGGAAUGCAUUGCAUAUGAAGGACUGAAAGGACAAAAAAAUUAUUGUCUUUUAACAUCAGACCUGGGGGGAAAUUGUAGUCCACCAUGUCUUAAAAUAGAAGUCAAGGAGCUAACUGUUGCACCAAAUGAUGAAUGCAUUGCGGAUGAAGGACUGGCAGGACAAAAGAGUGUGUUCUUGGUAAAAUCAGAACAGGGACACAAUUGUAGUCUGCCAUCUCUUGAACUGAAAGUCAAGAAGCCAAAUGUUGCUCCACUGGAGGCAUGCAUUGCAGAGGAAGGACUGAUGGGACAAAAAAGAGACCGUAUGGUAAAAUCAGAACUGGUAGAAAGCUGUUGUCCACCAUCUCUUGAACUAGAAAUCAAGGAGCCAACAGUUGCUUCAACAACGGAAUGCAUUGCAGAUGAAGGACAAAAAAGUGACCGUAUAAUACAAUCAGAACUGAGACAAAAUUGUAGUCUGCCAUCUCUUGAACUAGAAGUCGAGAUGCCAAAUGUUUCUUCUCCGGAGGAAUGCAUUGCAGAUAAAGGACCAAAAAGAGACAGUAUGGCAAAAUCAAAAAUGAGACAAAAUCAUUGCUCACCAUCUCUUGAACUAGAAGUCAAGGAGCCAACUGUUUCUUCAGCAGAGAACUGCAUUGCAGAUAAAGGACUGACAAGACAAAAAAUUGACAGUAUGGUAAAAUCGGUGACUGAGACUAUGUCUGAAAAUCAGGGGUCAGCUGAAUGGGAGCUAACCAAGAUUCAACCAAAUAAGCAGAAAAAUGAAAAAAAUGAGAAAAUUAGAGUACCCAAGCCCCAAUCUUUCUCGCAGUGCAGAAAAUCAUUUUCAAAGAAAACUGCAUUUUCCAAGCAUAAGCUAAAAUCUGGUAGCACUAGUACUGGUUCUGAUGAUUCUGUGCUUUUCGCUCCAGAUAUUAUAGUUAAAAUGAACUGGCCACAAAAGAAAAAUCAACCUCGUGUAUCUGCAAACAAACGCUGUAGUGGUGAGAGUCAGAAAUGCAGUAAGGUGAAAAAAUGUAAAGAACACCGGCAAGAAAGACACGAUAAUCAUGACAGAACCUCAACAAAACAUAGAGAAAACCUACAGAAAGUGACCGAGAAAGUGUCUGGUCAAUCAAGUGACACACCACCCCACGGAUCAGAAAAGAAGCUGGAGCUGCAUGGUAUUCUGUCAGUGAAUAAAAUGAAAAGAACUGAACCAAAAAAAGUGAGAUUUGAUUUAUAUGGGUCCAAAACAGAAAAACAGUACUAUACACGAGAGCGGCAUUUUACUGCCCCUGCUACCUUAACAGUCUCUGAUUGCAAAGACUAUACCGAUGUGAUUUCUGCUAAACAAAAAGUUCACAACCAAUGGAGUAGCACCUUUAUACCUAAAACAAAGAAGACUUGUCCUCCCAGGUCACCACAGGAGAGUGGACCACAGAAGAAAAAACCACAGAAACCUCAGGAUCUCUUAAAGUCAAAUAUGAGUGCAUUAAGAAACCAUUUGACUCACAGAGCCAAGCUAUUAUCCAGUAGUGACAUAGAGACAAGUCACUUAAGAAAACCAUAUUUUCAUCAAAAGCUUACGAAAACACUAAGCAGCUAACCUGUGUCUAAG